AUGGUGGUGGUCGAAUUAUCAUGCAUUACCGUUACUCGUAUGUGUUUUGUGCUAUUUGUUAAGAAUGUCUAUUUUUUUGUGUGUAUUUGUGGCGAGGGUUGUGGCUUGGUCACUUGCGUUUGUUUGUUUUUUCUAUUUAUUUGUUUUUUUUCUUUUUUUUUUUUGGUGGGUGGGGAAGCCUUUAUGAACGAGGCUGUAGAGAUGGUGAGAGUGUACAAUAAUGGGAAUCGUGAUGGGAGCGACGAUGAGGGUUCGUUGUGUCUGCCGAUUCCUCCGAUGAAGCCGUUUAGUUACGUGAGGCUCGUGAGAGGGUGGCUUAACAUGGAUGUGGCGGAAGCGAAUGAGCCGCGGACGAUUGCGAUUGGCUGCGAUCCGGCGGUGUGGUCGGGCCGAUCGUACCCAAACAAUGCGGUCAAUAACAGGCGUUACUCCCUCCUCUCGUUUCUCCCGCUUGCUUUGUUUUACCACUUCCGGUCAGUUUUCAAUGUUUUUUAUUUACUGCUGUCCCUCUCGCAGCUCAUUCCGGCCCUGAAAGUCGGGUUUAUUGUCACGUACUUCUCGCCGCUAGUAUUUGUUCUGCUGCUCUCUUUAAUAAAAGACGCCGUGGAUGACAUUCAGCGUUACAGGCGUGAUCAAAUUGCCAACAAGGAGAAGGUGGAAAAACUUUUUCCGGACGGAUCAACGGGUGUUGUGCUCGCGUCGUCGAUUCAGGUCGGGGACUUACUGGUGUUGCGCAGUGGCCAGCGGAUCCCGGCGGAUUGUGUGUUGUUGCGUACAUCUGAGAAGAGCGGGACAUGUUUUGUUCGAACGGACCAACUCGACGGUGAAACUGAUUGGAAGCUGCGGUAUGCCUUGAAACUGACACAAACUCUCAAUAAUGAAACACUCUGCCGAUUCCGGGCGAACAUACGCUGCGAGCCGCUUCACAAAGACAUCUACAAAUUUGUGGGGAUGCUUGAUGUUGCGGGGUUGGACGCCGAGGCCAUUUGUCUUGAAAACACGUUAUGGAAAAGUUGUGUCGUGGCGUCCGGCACCUUGAUAGCCGCGGUGCUUUACACCGGCGUUGACACGCGUAGCGCGAUGAAUUCCAGCAAACCCUCCACAAAGACAGGUCUUAUAGAAAGUGAACUGAAUUUCAUUGGAGCACUGUGCUUUCUGUUUCUUGUCGUUGUUUCGCUUUUCCUUGUUUUUCUGCAGCAGUUUGAGGGGGACUGGAUCGUGAUGUUUCUUCGAUUUCUUAUCCUUUUGUCAGCCAUCAUUCCCAUCUCUAUGCGAGUCAACGUCGAUGUGGGUCGCAUGUGGUACUCGUACGAAAUGUUCCGAGAUUCAAAAAUAGAUGGUACGGUUGUUCGCAACACAAACAUCCCGGAGGAAUUGGGUCGUUUGCAGUAUUUGUUUACGGACAAGACAGGGACGCUGACGAAAAACAAAAUGGAAUUUCGCGUCAUUCAAGUCGGUGUCGAUACGAUUUUGAAUUACAAUGAGGUGGACCGCUUUCGAAGGAUCAUGGAAGCUUUUUUUGUUGAAAGGCAUGAAACCGGAGGUCUCAACGCAAUAGAUGUUGGUAAAGGCGGUGGUUUGCUCUCGCAAAGAACAUUUCCACGCGAUGUCACAUCUGUAGGCGAAGCACUUCUCGCGCUUGUACUCUGCCACAACGUCAGUCCCGUUAUGGAGGAUGGCCGUUUAGAAUAUCAGGCGGCGUCACCCGAUGAAGUGGCUUUUGUGAAGUUCUGUAGUUCUAUUGGUAUGACUCUUACACACCGUGAUGUGAAUUGCGUGCGGUUUACGACCCCUGGGGGGAGAACUGUGCAUUACGACAUUAUCAAGGCCUUUCCCUUUACCUCUGAACGAAAGUGUAUGGGAAUUAUCGUUCGUGAACGGCGGGGGGUGGGCGAGGGCGGAUAUAAAUAUCUGAUGAAGGGGGCUGAUACGAAGAUGGCGAGUGUUUUACGCCUCACUGAUUGGUUGUAUGAAAGUUGUCAGGAAUUCUCGCAGGUGGGACUUCGAACUUUAGUAUUUGCGCAGCGGACAUUAACAGAAGAGCUUUUUGAAACAUUUUUGGCGAAAUAUAAUGAGGCCAAUGCAGACUUGGGUGACACGCGUAACAGUUCUUUAGAUGCGGCCAUGCGUAUUAUUGAAAGGGACAUGAAGUUAGUUUGCGUUACCGGUGUAGAAGACGAACUUCAAGAUGAUGUCACGACGUCACUGGAAACAUUAGGGAUGGGUGGCAUUAAAGUGUGGAUCCUAACGGGUGACAAGGUGGAGACGGCCACUACCAUUGGUCAUUCAACACGACUUAUUCCAAGAAACGGCGUUGUGGAAGUGAUGGCGUCUUCUACAGAAGAAGAUGCCAUGCGUUUUUUGGAGAAACUUGCGGCUCGUUACGCUUUGCUAUCACGCGGUGCAUGUGUCAGCAGACCAUGGACGCUUAUUUUGGACGGCACCUCUCUUUCUUUUUGUCUUUCAGAAUCCGUUUCUAGAAUCUUUGUUGAAGUCUCGCAAACGGCGUAUUCCGUUAUUGUGGCACGAUGUUCGCCUACACAAAAGGCGGCUGUUAUUCACACUAUGCGAAAGUACUGCGACAAGAGGGUCCGCAUGGCUGCUAUUGGGGAUGGAGGAAAUGACGUUUCAAUGAUACUUGCCGCGGACGUUGGUAUUGGUGUGGAGGGAUUAGAAGGCAAGCAGGCAAGUAUGGCAGCAGACUUUUCCAUCACGAAGUUUGCUCACUGUGUACGACUUAUAAUGUGGCAUGGGCGUAGAUCAUAUUGUCGUACAUGCCGUAUGAGUCAGUUUAUUAUGCACCGAGGUAUGGUGUACUCGGUAGUGCAGGCGUUCUUUUCACUUCUUUUCGCAGGCACCACCAUGUCUAUUUUUAAUGGAUAUCUUCUUAUGGGGUACACCACCAUUUUUACUAUGGCACCGGUCUUUGCGCUUGUACUCGAUGAGGAGAUACGGGAGAAAGACGUCAGUGAGUUUCCGCAGCAUUACAAGGAGCUGUUAAAAGCUCGAUCUAUGAACACACGCUCUUUUUUGCAAUGGGUAUGGAUUUCUAUUUUUCAAGGAGGGACCAUGAUGUUUCUUUCACUUGAGUUAUUUAGCGAGGAGUUAUUUCAAUUGGUGGCGGUUGCCUACACUUCUUUAUUGAUGACGGAACUUAUUAUCGUGGCGUCCACGGCGCACCUCCGAAUACUUUGGAAACAACGGCGACGUCAUCUCUAUUUGUUUAUUGCAGCUGAAUGCUUUUCCAUUGCGUCCUACUUUGUGGCCGUCGUGGUGUUGCCUGAAACAAUAGACAGAAACUUUUUUUUCUCGUCCGGCUGUUGGUGGCGAGUGACAGUAAUUACCCUAGCCAUUAUUAUUCCCAUUUACACCAUAUGGUUGGUAAGCAAAUAUCUGCUGUUCAACCAGAAACUGGCAUACUCACUACUCUGA